AACGGACUUUAGUGGGAGAAAUUACCUGAACCUCCUAGAAGUGUCUCACGUAUUCCCAACCUUUCCAGAAACUUCACAUACCCCCACCUAUAAAUUACCCACGACAUUCUCAUCCCUUCAACAUAUCGAUUCAACAAAACAAUCCUAGCAAAAUCAAAAGUUUUUGAAUCUCUCUCACAACCCAAAACCAUUUCAGUAAUUUAUCUUCCCCAAACAAAGCAGAAAAUGGAAUUCAGGCCAGUGGGUUUCGACGCCCCAAUCUUCCACGCCCUUCAACACAUCCUAGACGCCACCGAUGAAGCCGACAAGUCCUCCAACACUCCGACUCGCACAUACGUCCGCGACGCCAAGGCAAUGGCGACAACACCGGCCGACGUGAAGGAGUACCCGAAUUCGUUCGUGUUCGUGGUGGACAUGCCGGGGCUGAAGUCAGGGGACAUCAAGGUGCAGGUGGAGGACGACAAUCUGCUGCUGAUAAGUGGAGAGAGAAAGAGAGAGGAAGAGGAAGAGGGAGCCAAGUACGUGAGAAUGGAGAGGAGGGUUGGGAAAUUCAUGAGGAAGUUUGUGUUGCCUGAAAAUGCAAAUACUGAUGCCAUCUCCGCGGUUUGUCAGGACGGUGUGCUUACUGUUACGGUUCAAAAGUUGCCUCCUCCGGAGCCCAAGAAGCCCAAGACCAUUGAGGUCAAGAUUGCUUGAAUUAAGAUGGCACAUCAUUCCUAUUGGUUUAUGAUUUUAUAAUGUCCUGUUUUAUAGUCUUUCUUAGCUAUUUAUAAUUGUAUGUAUGAGUUGGGUGUUUUUGUUUGUGAGGUGUGUUUUAGGUUUGCUUUCUGAUGUGGGGGUUUAAAUAUUUUAUAUAAAUCAAUGGGAUAUAUUGUCUUUUAAAGUGAAUCUGUCUCAGCUUCGUGAAUUUUUCCUUUAAUGAAUUUUGAGUAUGAUAUACAAUUUCCAUUUUA